UUUUUUUUCUUUUUCAAGAUUUCUUGCUGUGGAUUUCACACCUGAUGAUGAUUGCUUGUGUUGCAAUCGAAACGUCGUGAGAAUUUUAUUUAUUGUUUUAUAUUUUUAUUAUUUCCCUUCUACGUGACUUCACCGAAUGAACCAAUAAUAUGAAUCCCUGCAGUCACGAAAGCUUUAAAUCAAAAUUUAACGUUCACAUCGUUUGAAUCACAAGGUCAGGUUGUAUUGUGAUCUAAAGGACAUCUCGUAUCCGACCCUGCGUGUUGGGGGAGAGUCCUGACAAGGUUUUAACAGCAGGGGGCGAUGUUGCUGUGUGUCAUCCCAAUUGAGUAAUUUGCAGAGAGGAGAGAGGAGGGGACAUAACUGUGGCGGAGAAGAGCCGGGGAGCUCCGUGUUGGAACGACAGUGCCAGGCAGUGUUUCGCGACCGACGAAAAGUUAAUGGCGCUCGAUUGACUCGGAACGAGACCUCCACUGCCAAACCGGAGGUGGCCAUGUGCACACUGACCAGGUGGCAGCGGAUGUUGCGGCGGUCGCUCUGAAAUCGUCCGCCGUUGCAUCUUCUGGUCGUCGUCGUCGGACGCGGAGGAGGAGAGCGUCACGACCCGCACAGGAGGAGGCGGAGGAGUUGGCGGCGGUCGAGGCGGUCGAGGCGGUGUCCUCCAUGGCCCCGCGCACCCGAUGCUCGGCCCUCCCGUCGCGCCGCCGCCUGCUGCUGCCCGCGUGCGUCCUGGGCCUCAGCCUGGCCGUGGCGCUGCAGUUGUGGCAGGCGCUGGCGCCGCGUGUCGCCGCGGAGAUUCCCCGGCUCGGCCUGAAGCCGCUGAGCGGACACCUCGAGCGCCUCUUCUGGUCGGGCCACGGCGGCGACGAUGACGACGGUCCGCGGCAGAACGACACGGCCGACGACAACUCGUCAUCGGCGUCGUCAUCGCCCGCGUCACUGAUAGAGCUGGCGAGGGAGCUCGGCGGGCGCGUGUUCACGAUGAGAGACGACCGCUCGGAAUACUUCGUCAGGACGCCCGCCGGAGCGCUCUGCUUCCGCGAGGGCUCCCUCCGCCCGGAGGAGCCCUCCUCCCUCCCGGUUCCCGUCGGCUCGGUCGGCGGCGUCGGCCUCGAGCCGAACGCGAGCUCCGGCCCGAGCGUGCCGCCCGCGGCGGGGUGCGCGUGCCGGGCAGGCUGGCACGGUCGCCACUGCUCGGUGCCCUCCGUGGUCCACCACUCGAACCUGGGCGCACGGCACCGCGCGGCGCUCGCCCCGCGCGCCGUGCCGCGCCGCGUCGUCAACGCCGUGAACGUGAACCACGAGAUGGAGCUGCUGGAGGCGCGGCUACACGAGCUCAACGACACCGUGGACGUCUUCCUCGUGUGCGAGUCCAACUUCACGGCCUUCGGCGAGGCGCGCCGCCUCCACUUCCUGAGCGCCCUCCUGUCGGGCGCCUUCGACUUCGUCCGUCACAAGAUCCACUACGUCUUCCUCGACCACUUCCCGAGCGGCGGGCGCGCCGACGGCUGGAUCGCCGACGAGUACCUGCGCGCGUUCGCGACGCGCGACGGCCUCGCGCGCCUCUCGGGCCUCCGCGACGACGACGUGUUCGUCAUCAACGACGCCGACGAGCUGCCCUCCCGCGAGGCGCUGCUCUUCGCGCGCCUCCACGACGGCUGGCCCGAGCCGUUCGCCCUGCACCUGCGGCGCUCGCUCUACGGCUUCUUCUGGAAGCAGCCCGGCUCGCUGGACGUGCUGGCGGGCAGCACGGUGGGCGCUCUCCGCGAGGUGUACGGCGGCAACGGGAUCAUGCUGCGGCGGCGCCACUACUACGACAUGCCGCGCUUCCGCGACUACGAGCGCCGCAGCGGCACGCGCAUGGAGCGGUGGUCGGUGGGCACCGCGUCGCGCCACGCUGGCUGGCACUGCUCGUGGUGCUUCCCGCCCGAGGGCGUGCGGACCAAGCUGGUGUCGGCGCAGAACGGCGACUUCCCGCGCUGGGGAGACUACCCGGAGAAGCUCGACGUGGACUACAUCAAGAACCUGAUCCGCACCGGCGGUUGGUUCGACGGAACCGGCGCCGGGAUACUGCCGCUCGCGAACCCCGCGGAGAAGAUGUACGCGCCGUGGUACGUGCUGGAGAACCCCAAGAAGUUUGGCCACCUACUGCGGAACCCGUACCUCUAGCGCACGCCGCCGGUGUCGCAGCCGACAGCGCGGUUCCUGUGGAAAACGCGGCGACUUCCACUGGAGGUUGUUGGCCCACCUCCAGCAACUUCUCGGCGACAUCGUGAGAAGAGAAAUUUGCUUGGCUUGUUUGUGAGCCAGUUCCGUCUCUCCGUCCGUCAUUCUCGGCACGCGCGGGGGGGGGGGGGGGUCGUCUCGUCUCACGAAGAGCCCUCGCUCCUUUGCUUGGAUUUGAAGUUUCUGAUCUCUCCGAGUUGCUCUGCAAUGUUUAAAGUCAAGAGCUGGGAGUAGUUUUGUUUUACGUAGAUGCCAACCUGACUCUCCUGCCCCUCGUUUGUUGUUUGUGUUACGAUCGCGUGCGUGUCCACAUCGGCCACUUUGCUCUGAAGAGGCACUGAGCUGUUGGCGCGAUACAAUUAAAUUUGGGAUUGUGCAAGUUUAGGUAACGAAGACUGACCCCGCCCGUUUAACAGAUUGGCGUUAGAACCUCUCCCAUGGAGUGGCCCGAGUUUACACGUCGGUCUUGUGCGAAUGUUAAAUUGACGCGAAAAAAUGUUUAGUACCAACGGUUCUGUGCCAUCAUCAUCAUCACCACGAGUAAUGGAACAAGCGUCCAGGGUGAUGUGAUGGUUGUGACUGCUGUGAUGGUUGUGAUGGUUGUGACUGCUGCGAUGGAUUUGAUGGAUGUGAUGGAUGUGAUGGAUUUUAUUUAUGUGAUGAAUUUGUUGGUUGUCAUGAAUGUGACAGAUUUUUUGGAUGUGAUGGAUGUGAUUGAUGUGAUGGAUUUUAUGGAUGUGAUGAAUGUGAUGGAUUUUAUGGAUGUGACGGAUUUGAUGGAUGUGAUGGAUGUGAUGUUUACUGAUUGCGCCAGUCUACCGUGUGCUCAGCUCGCGGUGAUAUGGUCAUCUCUUGGUCGCCAAGUAAUUGUUAAUGUGUACAUUGACUGUAAAUAUGAGAAGAUGGUGCAAUAAAUGCAAACAUUUGGUGCCUGUA